AUGAAUAGCUCUGUAUUUUGCACUUUCCUAAUGAUUGGAAGUGUCCUUUAUUUUGUUUCCUCCUACUCCACUUCUUUUUUGGAGGAAAUUUACUCAGUGUAGCCUAUUAUAAUAACCACUAAUAAACGAAUAAAAGAAAAAGCGAAGCUGAUAAACAACGAGGCGAAGAAAUCUCCCUUGUUUCAAUCGAUGAAGACACGAUAUCAUUAGAUGUUUCCGGAUGCCUAGUUGCUAGCCAAUCUAUCUAAGAUUGAGUAAAACAUGAUUGAUGCUGACAUAUCGCAAUAUACUGCUUUUAGAGUGGAUAAUAAGGGUUAAAGCAUUCCUAGAUUUGAAGAAACAGAAAGCUAUUGGAAGUAUAUGAGUCAAAUUUAUAGAAACAAGACAUUUAAUUCAAUUUUUGAAAUCAAAGAUGAGAAUCAUCAGGAGUAAUUCUAUUUGCUAAAUGCAAACAAUGAAGUUAUUAGCAAUCUAACGUUCAAUCCAUACUUUGGGGAAAUAACUUUAAUGAGAACACUAUAAAAGCCUUAUUUUAAACUUAAAGAACAAUCGAUGCAGCAAUAUGCAAGAAAAGGCUCAAAGCAAUAAGUUGAAGAGAAGCAUUUUGAUGGGAAUACUGCAAUAUAUGCCAAUCCUAAGCAAAUUCAUACCUGCUUUCAGUCAUAUGUACCAGGUAUAAUCUUGUAUGUGGCUAUGAAUCAAUAUUCUAAAGAGUAGUUUCUAGUGGUGUAUAGAAUAUUAACCUUUGAAGGAGCCAUUCAUCGAAUUAGAGUUUUUAACAAUAUUGAUUGUAAUAAUGAAGGUCUAUCAUAUGGCGAUCUGAGAACCAACUAAGGUGAAAUUGAACUGGACAAAACUUUGAAGUAUGAAAAUCAUUAUUCUUACGGAGAUAGUACUGUGAAGCUAGGAACCAAUUAUGAAGACUUUAAGCUAGAUGGCAACUUUUAAAUUACAGCAAUAAGUUAUAUGAAUAAAGACACAAUCACCUAUUCAAGAUUACUAGAUUUCUAUCAAUAUCGAGUACUGCAGAGAUAUGUUAAUGAGAAAACAGGAGAAAUAAACUGGAAAGAGACACAAAGAGGGCCUUUAAUUGAUAGAACCAAAGACAAGAUAUUUAUUUGUACUGGCAUUCACUAAAUUGAAACUGGAAUGAAAAAUAUUUCGACUUACGUUGUUGCAUACCUUAAAGGAGAAUCUUAAUAGCAAGUGCAGAUUAAGGUUGAACUUCAGCAACAAAUAAAUCAAAGUGAUUAAUAUACUGAGGAAAAUUCGAAAGAGCCCAAUUGGCAAACUAAGACAUAAAUAUACGAUAGAAAAUUCCCUAUUUACUAGUCUCCUAAUGUUUAUAAUCACGAUCUAACUAUUCAUCUUAGUUAGUUUUCAGAUAGGCAUUAAAAAAAUUAGAUAAUAACUAUGUUUGGGUAGUAUUUUCUAGCUUUAGACUGGGAUCAAAAAGCUUAAAACAUACUGGUAUUUGAUACAUUUAAGGAACCCCUUAAUGACUAUAUUGAUCUAAUGACUGUGUCCUCGGAUAACACGAAUUUAUUCUUAUAUUCUUAGGAUAGCAACAUUCUCUAUCAAAUAUUCCGUGAAAGAGGCUAGUCAGAGAAGGUAAUGGAGGAAUGGCUAGAGGUUAGAUUGAACAAUUUACCAUCAGAAUUAAUGAACAAAAGAAUUUUAAGUAUAUACUUAAAAAACUUACCUCAAACUAAAGAACGAAUCAUGAUGAUGCUAUUUGAGGGAGGAAUCCUUGGCAGCUUUAAAAUUGAAGAGCUAAAUGAAGAUUUUUUAUCAGCAUUGGAGAUUUUAGAGGAUGAAACCUUUUUGGAUAUUGUUUUUCCACUAGUCGUGCUUAUUAGUGCAUCUAUCGUGCUCUGUGUCAAGAGAAGAAGAUAAUCUUAACUUUUAAAUCCUAAUAAUGGGGUAAAUAAUGCUUGGCCAAUGCGCGGAGGGUUUCCAGUGCCAAUCUCAAGAAUCAAUAGAUAAAAUGGAGUGAUUAAUCAGCAAAAUAUAAACAAUAAUAUUGCUGGUGCCAAUAAUAACAACAAUAAUAACUUCAACUAAUAGGACAUAGUCGGCGGAAUACCAUUUAAUCAGUUAGCUGGUUAGUAAGAUUAAGAUUAGAUACAUGAAUAAUAACCUGCAUAAAAUGUUCCUAUACCAGUUAGAAUAGAAAAUUUGAAUCCCUUAAAUGGGGAUAUGCUGGAGCCAUAAGCAGAAGAUCUGCUUGAUGAAAACAUUAACAAUCUUAAUAGACUUAUUUAGGAAUUAGACGCAGACAAUAAUUAGAGCCAAAUGAGGUUAGACCAGGAAUUAUUAGAUGAUAUGGAUGAUUAAGACAUAGAUGUUGACGAUAAUUAAAACUAGCAAAUCAAUUAAAUGCAGUAAAGAUUAGAUUUUAUGGAUUAGCUAGUAGAUGAUGACGAUGCAAACCAGUGA